AUGGCAGCCACUCUUUCACCAUUAGCUCUUCUGGUGCUCGGCGCCGCCACCGCCGCCUCCGCCGCAAACUCGACCGCCUGCAACGCCGAUACCUUCGCGGCCCUCACGCUGGGCAACAUCAACAUCCUCUCCCUCGAUGUCACCCCCUUCCGGAACCAGUCCCUGACCGAGGGCUCAUCCGGGAGCACCGGCGUCGGGGUGGGGAUCAUCUCCGCCUCUACCGGCGAGGCCGUCUCGGCCGUGGACCUGUGCAAGAUCUCGAUCCAGUACACCCACCCGGGGCAGGGCGACAACGUCAACACCUGGGUCGGCCUGCCCCUCGACCCGACGGCGUGGAACUCGCGCUUCAUGAUGACGGGCGGCGGCGGCUGGACGGCCGGCAGCGACAGCUCGAUCCUCGCGCCCGUCGCGUCGGGCUACACGAGCUCGUCCACCGACGGCGGCCACAAUGCCACCACGACACAGGCGCAGUGGGGCCUCGUGAGCGAGGGCAACACCAACUGGCCCGCCCUCAAUGACUUUGCGUCCGUGGCCCUCGACGAGGCGGCCAAGCUGGGCAAGGCCGCGACGAAGCUGUAUUACGGGAAGGACCCCGUCUACUCGUACUGGAACGGCUGCUCCACCGGUGGCCGGCAGGGACAUAUGAUGGCUCAACGGUUCCCCGAGCACUUUGACGGCAUCCUGGCGUCGUGCUCGGCCUUCAACUGGCCGGAGCUCCAGGCGGCUUCGGGCUACGCGAGUUUCUUGGCCCAGUUGCUAGAUGUUGUGCCUCCCCAGUGCGUCCUCGACGCCUUCUCCGACGCCGCUCUCGACGCCUGCGACGAGCUAGACGGCGUCAAGGACAGCAUCAUCGCCCUCCCGGGCUCGUGCACCUUCAACGCCUCAGACAUAGUCGGCCAGGACGUGGCCUGCACCAACCCGAACGGCACCGUCACCAUCACGGAUAAGAUGGCGCAGUUCGUACAGGGCUUCUGGGACGGUCCCCGCACGGGGGCGGGCGACUUCGUCUGGUACGGCUUCGGGCACGAGGGCCCCUUCACGAGCGUGUUCCAGCCCAACUGCACGACGGUCGACGACUGCACCUACACGCCCUUCUCCGCCGCCGACGACUGGUACGGCGCGUUCCUGGAGCGCAAUUCGACGUGGAAGCUCUCGACGGCCGGGCUGACGCAGGAGCGCUUCGACCGGCUGAACCGCAUGGCCGUCGACCAGUACACGUCCGCCAUCGGCACCAACAACGUCGACCUCACGGACCUCAAGGCCCGCGGCACAAAGGUCAUCACCUGGCACGGGACCCACGACGGCCUCAUCCCUUACAACGGCACCGUCGACUACUAUGACCGCGUCAUGGCCUGGGACCCGGAUGUCCAGGACUACUACCGCUUCUUCCUCGCUCCUGGAGUCGGCCACUGCCGCGGCGGGCCCGGGUUUGACCCCAACAGCGAGGUCCUGAACGCGCUGAUCAACUGGGUCGAGAACGGCACCGCUCCUGAGUUCCUGCCCGGCACUGGGCCGGCGACCAAGAACGCCACCGACACCAGGACGGUCAACCUGUGCUUGUACCCCAAGGUGCUGACCUUUGUCGGCACUGACCCGGAUGAUGCUGCCUCGUUCGAGUGUGUCUAG